UCAUAAAAGUGGUAGGAAAAUCUCGAUAAUAUCAGUCGGCAACAACAUGGUCAAGAUCGAGCCCAGUGAGAUUAGUGAGCAGCACAAAUCGGUCUAUCAUCAUCAACAGCAUCCGGCCCUGCACCAGCCACAUACAACAACAACCGGCAGCCACGGCCUCAAUCUCAGUCCGGCGACGCUGCUGAUGAAAAUGGCGCGCACGCCCCAUUUGAAGUCCAGUUUCUCCAUCAAUGCCAUACUGCCGGAAACCGUGGAGGACAAUUGUCCCACACCAGCGCCACAGGAUGUGGACCAGCAGCAGAAAUAUGCGCUGAACAACAACAAUAACAAUAACAACAAUAGUCAUCAUCAGCAUUGCGGCUCGCCGCUGGGUUCGGAGGAGCAAGGCGAGGUCAGUGAUGUGGAAUCGGAUUUAGAUGUCACCUCCAUGUCGCCACCGCCACUGCGUGUGGCCGAAACCGGAGAAAGCGAUGUGGAUGAGGCGGACGAUGAUGAUGCCGACGAGGACGUGGAUUGUGAUGCGGAUGGCGAUGGCGAAACUACCGACGGCGAUGCGGAUGCGAAAAAUGGGGACGGCAAGCCGGUCAAGGAUAAGAAAGGCAAUGAGAAACCGCCCUACAGCUAUAAUGCGCUCAUCAUGAUGGCCAUACGCCAAAGCCAGGAGAAACGUCUCACUCUGAAUGGCAUCUAUGAGUACAUAAUGACCAAUCAUCCGUAUUAUCGGGACAACAAACAGGGCUGGCAGAACUCCAUACGCCACAAUCUGAGUCUCAACAAAUGUUUUGUAAAGGUGCCGCGUCAUUACGACGAUCCUGGGAAGGGCAAUUACUGGAUGCUAGAUCCAUCGGCCGAGGAUGUUUUCAUUGGCGGUUCCACCGGCAAGCUACGACGACGCACCACCGCUGCCUCGCGCUCCCGCCUGGCCGCCUUCAAGCGCUCCCUCAUCGGACCCAUGUUCCCAGGCCUGGGCUACCCACAAUUUGGACAGUUCCUCACAUAUCCGGGCGCAGCGGCUGCUGCCGCAGCAGCGCCCAGUCUGCUGGCCAGCAUGUAUCAGCGCUACAAUCCGUUUGCGCCAAAGAGCCCGGUGGGCAUGGCGCCACCACCGCCGCCACCCACGCAUAUGGCCGGACCGUUUGCCGCUACGGCCAACAGCUCGGAACUCUAUCAGCGCCUGCAGUAUCAACAGCUCUUGCAUCAGCAUGCGGCAGCCGCCGCUUUGGCGGCACAUCAAAGGCAGCUGAGUGCGGCCGCCGCCUUGCCACCACCACCGCCCACAGCGCCAGCGCCACAGCCACAUAUGACACAUCUGGGCCAACCGCCUUCACCGUCAUCCAAUCAGCCACUGUCGCCGAGCGGCAUGCAGGCAAGUUCCCCCAUGCCAGCCCAUCUAGCGGCGGCAACAGCACCACCGCCACCACCCGCGCCCAUUCUCAAGCCCGUGACGGUGGUUUCACGCAACAGCUGA